CAUUCAUCAAGGGUUUGAUUCCAUUUCAGUCUUUCGAUGGCAUUAGUUUGACAGACUUUGUGAACAUAUUAUUUCUCUGCACAAUGGCAGGAAACAGUGGUGAAGAUGAGUGUGCAGUUUCUGAACGACACGAGUUGUUCUUGAGAGAGAUCGAAUCCAUAGACGAAUACUGGGGACCAACUUUCAGAACGAUUUAUGACAGCGAGGAACACAGCAAAUUCCUGGAGAAACUCUCGGCGAGAAUCACGAGCCAUGACCGCGACAUCGAGAAGAUGUGCAACCAUCAUCACCACGGCUUCAUUGACAGCAUACACGACCUGCUUACUGUCAGGGAACAGGCAGCCAAACUUAGGACGGAGGUGACGCGUGUGGACCAGGAGGUGCAGGAGUCGCUGCAGAAGGUGGUGCAGGAGGCGCAGGAGCUGGUCAAGGCCAGGCAGGUGUCCUCCAACAUCUGUGAGGCCAUCGAGACCUUGUCCGCCUGCCUCCCUGUCCUCCGUACGCACGCCAAGCUUCUUACGCAGAUACAGGAAAAGAGGUAUUACGCUGCGCUGAAGACACUAGAGCAGCUGGAGCACACGUACCUCCCACGCGUGGCACGCUUCAAGUUCACGGAGGAGAUGCGGGAGAGCAUCCCUAAGAUGCGCGGGGACAUUAAACACGCGUCCAUGUGCGAGAUAAAGGACUUCCUCGAGGAGGUCAGGAGGAUGUCGCCACGUAUCGGGCAAGUGGCGAUGAAGCACUCCUACAUCACAGACACCAACCUCAUGCUGGACAUCAAACAAGUGCUCAUGCUCUUCGCGUGCACAUUGCAGUCGUACGGCUAUCCUGUGACGUGCAUACACGAGCUUCUGCUGGAGAUAAAGGACCACUACAACGAAGUGCUCAUGAGCACAUGGCUGCAGCUUUUCCGGGAGAUAUUCGAGGACGACAACUACCACCCCAUCAAAGUAUCAGACCUGGGGGAGUACAACAACAUUACUGUGGUCUUCCCCUACCACGACCCCGCGCUGGAGGCCCAACCAUUCCCCAAACAAUUCCCCUUCAGCCUCAUGGUCCCCAAAGUCUACAGGGAAGUCAAGAACUUCGCCUCCGCCUGCCUCGACUUCUCCCAUGACUUACCCAUCAAUGAGAGCACAAAAGAAGACAUGGUGCGACGCUCUACGAAUCUCCUUCUCACGCGCACUCUUUCAGGCUGCCUUGCGUCGCUCAUCAAGAAGCCUGGGCUGGGUUUACUGCAGCUCAUACAGAUCACCAUCAACACCCUGCACCUGGAGGAGGCGAACAGCCUGCUGGAGAGCUACGUAGCCAGGCUUGUUGGCAAGAGCAGCAGUAAGAGCAGCAGCGUCGUGGUGCUAGGCUCCCUGGGGACCAAAGCCCCCCUGGCGCUCGGUAAUCUCCAAGCCAAGGCGAUGUUCAAAGACAUCCGAGGGGAGGCCGAGGAGCAGAUCUACGCGGCGCUGCUACGCAAGCUCGACGAGUUCCUGGAGCUCGCCAACUACGACUGGAUGUUGCUGGAGCCUUACGGCCACAGCAGCUCCUUUGUGGCAGACCUUAUUGCCUUCCUUAACUCUACCUUCUCGUCCUUCACCAACUUGCCUGUUCGUGUUGCUGGUACAGCGUGCAUGUCAGCGUGUCAGCACAUCGCUCGCUCGCUGAUGGCGCUGCCGCUGGCUGACAGCGUCAAGCAGCUGUCACUGCCAGCACUGGACCAACUCAGCCUCGAUGUCCUGCAGUGUGAACAGUUCGCAGCAGGGGAGCCCGUACCAGGCCUGGAAGAGGGCGCCCUCGUGAUGUGCUUCGCAGACCUGCGCCAGCUGCUCGACCUCUUCCUGUCCGAGGACUGGAGUGUUUACUUCAACGAGUACGGCCGCAGUGACGCCAAGUUCCUGAGAGUUAGCCCUGCCACCGCUGCCAUUCUUGUCGAGAAAUUACUGGAGGGCGAGAAGCGUGGAGUUUUCUCACGCUUGAAACGCAGCGAUAAGAAAAAGCUGCUGGAGACUGUACUGAAGCAGCUACGGCAAAUCUCUCAAGCUCAGCAUGCCUAAGUCUACUGCCUCAAUAAAUGCUAAAUAAAAUUAGUUUAUCGUCAGCAAAUUUAGAAAGUUGUUCAUCAAAUGACUUAAUGAUCUUAAUCCAAACUGCCAGUAGUGGCAAUUUAAAGUUUUCUGCCUCACUAAAUCUCAAAUAAAAUUAUGUUAUCGUCAGCAAACUUACUAAUUUGAUCAUCAAAUGAUUUAAUAAUCUUAAUAUAAAUCGCCUGUCAUGGCAAUUUCAUGUUUAAAAAUGACUAUGAAUGUGGUAACCUAGCUUUUAUGUUAAGGCGUUGUAUAUGAAGCGAUAGAUAUUGCCUCUAAAUUUAUGUGAGACUACAUUGGCAUUUUGCUCUGAGCAUCAGUGCAAUAUACGUACCGUAUAAUUGAAACACCAGUCUAAUCAGGCUUCAUUUCAAAAAAUAAAUUUCAUUUAAAAGUAAAUAUUGGCCUAUUAAACCAUAUUGAAAAGGAAGCUGUGCUGAUGAUACCUAAUACAAAUUCUAGCGACGGCAGCAAUUUACUUUUCUCGGCUAAACGAACCCGAGAAAACGAUAUCAAUAACGAUUUCAAUGUAAUGAACUAAAUAUAUUCGAGUUCCAUGCGUUCUGAAGUUCACUAGAGAUGAUUAAUCUGUGUUUGUAGACCAGGGUUGCCACAUGGGCCUUUUCCGGCCACAUUUGGCAAUUUGAGCCUUCAUUCACACGAGUUGGCCGGCAAAAAUCAAGAUGCCUCAAAUUUAUAAUAUUUUUCAAAGUAUAAAAAGUCCGAAAAAUAAGAUGUCACGUUUAAAAUUAACAGUUUACUAAUAUAUAGUGCAUUUGGCCCUUUUCGUGCACGGUAACCCUGAUCUAGACCAAUUUUACGUGAAAUUGUUUUCAUUUAAUAGAACGGCAACAAUAAAGCUGUUGCUUAUGCAGUUAUUAAACAUUUUUGUUUACUGGAUAUGUGACUAUUAUCAUGAAGUAGAAUUGGGUAUGUAAUUAGUAAGUAAAUAUAUUUAAUCGGAUACGAGUAACAUUGAAUAAAUA